UAACUACUCAAUUUAUCUUCAGACGAUAAACAAACUUUACCGAUUUUAUAACAACAGAUUUUGAUACAAAGAUUUGAAAUACAAAUACAAUUUUAAAAACAUUAAAGAAAUGAAGGACAUAUUAUUUUUUCUAAGUCUGGUGACUUGCGGUUUAGCGCUCUAUGUUGACCAAGGUAUUCCGUACAAUGAUGGUCCACUGAAAGUUGGGGAGUUGACAGUAUCUAUUACAGUGGAUGCCAGCCCUAAACAUGUGAAAGUAUAUUUCCCACUGGAAGUUGGCGACUACGCAGUGAUAUAUUUCCUCGGUGGCCUAAACACACUUGUCCCCGCCGAGUUCUACAGUAUAUUUCUCACCAAACUAGCGUCACAUGGCUUCUUCGUGUUUGGCGUGGACUAUGAUUACCCACUGAUGCACCGUGGAUUACGAUUGAAUCCGACUGUUGGUCAAGACAUUGACAAGUACUUCAAAGAAAUUGAAUUUUUAAUGAAAUAUAUGGACAAUAAAACUGUGUCUGUACCACGAUGGGACUACGUUGGUCUGAUGUGCCAUUCAGCCGGAUGUGAUGUUUCCAUUCGUAUGAUCGAAACGGAGAAAUAUCCGUUUAUAUCCACGGCAUUCCUGGAGCCAUACAGUCAGAUAAUCCGACAACCUGUAAACUAUACAAUACCCGGUCUAAUGUAUGGUACACAACUGGCCGAGGAGGGUUUCCCACCUUGUAAUAUUAAAGGAUAUGAUUUCGAACAGUUUUAUGAACAGUGGAAAUGUCCCAGAAUUGCCAUAGAAGCAGCGGAUUUUGGUCAUUGUGACAUAUUGGAUCCGCUUGGCUGGGAAGGUUGUCACGUGACCCACUUCUGUAAGACGACAAACAACACAAGACUUGACAUAUAUCGUCAAUUUGUUCAGGGUGUGAUGGCAAGUUUCUUCGUCUCCACACUUCAAGGGCGUGAGGGUGUUAUAGAAUAUAUCACUGACCCAUCAAAACUAAUCUUAAAAUGUUUGGUAUCCAAGUCGGACAUUCACUGUUGAUGAUGUAAUACUGAGAUGUCAUAAAUUUUAAAGUUGAACGGAAUAUGUCAUUAAUAUCUCA